GCUGUGGGUGGAGACUUCUCUGGUAGCUGGGUAAAUGCUUGCAGAAUACGCGCGUUAGAAUCGAAUUUGCGCUACGUAACUAUACAAUUAAGACGACUCGCGAUCUGUUAAUGACAAUGGUGAAUGAAGACAUUGUGUAUUUAGCAUAAUAACCUCGGAAAUGCUGCGUUUGUACGAUGUAAAGUUGUAAAGGAUCAUUGGCAGUGGUUUACUGGAGCUGCUGUUGAAACAGUGUAUCCGCAGUGAAUUAACACCACUUGGUACUGGCUCACCGUUCCCACAGGUGGAGCAUGAGUACGUGGUCGAAGAUCUGCUGCGAUGCGUGCAAUUGGGUGUAGGAUGAACCUGCCGGCUGUGCUGAAUGGCCUGCUGGUGUCGGUGGUGGCAGCCUUGCUUUGGAAAUACAUUCGGCUGAUUGAACACACAUCACAGUUGGAAGAGGAGCUACAUCUUACACGCCAAUCACAGGAAUUCUCACAGGUCCGUAUUGACUACCACGGUGCCCUGUUAGCACUGCAAGAGCAUGGCACCAGAAUGGUCUGCACUGGCAAGAUGCACACCGAUCGUAUCUGCCACUUUGACUACCUCUGCUACUGCACAGAGGCUGAGGAGUUUGUAUUCUUCCACAGUAAUGCCUCUGUGAUGCUUCCUAACCUUGGCCCUCGGCGUUUCCAGCCCGCCUUGCUGGACCUCUCAUCUGUAGAAGACCACAACACUCAAUACUUUAACUUUCUCGAGCUCCCGGCAGCGGCUCUGAAGUUCAUGCCGAAACCUGUGUUUGUGCCAGAUGUCACGCUAAUUCUGAACCGUUUUAACCCAGACAACCUCAUGCACAUUUUCCAUGACGAUCUUUUGCCCAUCUACUACACCAUGCAGCAAUAUUCAGACUUGGAUGAUGAAGCCAGGCUCGUCUUCAUGGAGGGUUGGAGUGAAGGGGCUCACUUCGAUCUCUACCGCUUGCUCAGCAGUAAGCAACCACUUCUUAAGGAGCAGUUGAAGACCUUUGGCAAACUCAUGUGCUUCACCAAGUCCUACGUGGGACUGUCAAAGAUGACAACAUGGUACCAAUAUGGCUUUGUGCAACCACAAGGACCCAAAGCCAACAUUUUGAUUUCAGGUAACGAGAUCCGCCAGUUUGCUACAUUUUUGAAGGAGAGGCUUAACAUCACAAAACAGGAGGGCGAUGGCUACAUUGUGGUUUUUAAGCGUACCACUAACAGGCUCAUUCUCAAUGAGGCAGAACUUCUUCUGGCCUUAGCCCAAGAGUUUCAGAUACAGACUGUCACUGUGUCUUUAGAGGAGCAGUCGUUUGAUAGCAUUAUCCAAAUGAUUAGUGGGGCGACUAUGUUGGUUAGCAUGCAUGGAGCCCAGAUGAUCACCUCCAUGUUCUUGCCCCGUGGUGCUGCCGUAGUUGAGCUCUUCCCUUAUGCUGUAAGCCCAGAGCAGUACACUCCCUACAAAACCUUGGCUUCUUUACCUGGAAUGGACCUUCAGUAUGUUGCGUGGAGAAAUACCAUUGAAGAGAACACUGUUACAUAUCCUGAACGCCCGUGGGAUCAGGGUGGCAUAGUCCACCUUGAGAAGGAGGAACAAGAACGUAUCCUGGCCAGCAAGGAGGUGCCAAGACAUCUUUGUUGUCGUAAUCCAGAGUGGCUUUUUCGCAUUUAUCAGGACACUACUGUGGACAUUGCCUCCUUUCUGGAUGUGCUCAGACAAACUCUGAAAAAGCCUAAUCUGAAAAAGGCCAAGGUGGCUAGCACCGUACAUCCUGGUCGAGUCAGAGAGCCCAAGUGCCAGACGUCGGUACAGGCCUCCAAUGAAGCAAAACUCUCGGUGUCCUGGCAGAUCCCUUGGAACCUGAAGUAUCUGAAGGUUAAAGAGGUAAAAUAUGAGGUGUGGAUCCAGGAGCAAGGAGAGAACACAUAUAUGCCUUACAUUCUGCCCCAUCAGAACUACACCUUCUCGGAAAACAUCAAACCCUUUACCACAUAUUUAGUAUGGGUGCGCUGUAUCUUUAACAAGAAUCUUUUGGGACCAUUUGCAGAUGUUCUUAUUUGUAAAACUUGAUUCAGUAGUCAGGUUAGACGUAAUGCUGUCACUGUUAGUUAGCAAAGAAUUAAUUUGAACAUUUGAACAUUAA